CAUGUGUUUCAGUUUGGUGAUGCUGUUUCUUUGUCUUUCCCAAACAGAGCUGGAUAAAGUUUGGGCUCAGCCGCAGACAGAUGGCUGGUACAAUGUCGUCUCACAGCCGCAUGAGGAGUCAACUGGAAGCGAUGGUGAUGCUCUCAGAGGCCACAGGUCAUCCUCUGGCCACAGCAGGAUCAGCAGGGCCGUCCUGGGUGGAGGACUGAGCAUCAGCACCCUCCCAGACAACAUGACACGCGUCGUGGAGGAUUCUGGCAAGUAUUACACGUGGCGCAACUUCGGCCCUGAGGACCAGAGAACACAGGACCUGUGGGUAGACAUGAGUGACGUCCGGCACGGCCAAGUUAGAGUCCAUGGCAUUCUGUCAAAUUCAUACAAGCAGGCUGUGAGGGUUGCCCUGUCUUUUGACUUUCCUUUUUACGGCCAUUACCUGAGGCAGAUUACCAUAGCAACAGGAGGGUUUAUCUUCACAGGGGACAUUACUCACCGUAUGCUCACCGUGACUCAGUACAUCGCCCCUCUGAUGGCGAAUUUUGACCCCAGCUACUCUAAAGAAUCCACCGUGCAAUACCUGGAUAACGGAGAGGUGUUUGUGGUCCAGUGGGAGCAGGUCAGACUCUCGGGCCGGGAGUCAGUGGGAGCUUUUACAUUUCAGGCUGCACUUUACAAAACAGGGACCAUCACUUUCAGCUACCGAGACAUCCCGAUGUCAUUAGAUGUGAUUGGCACAGCUGAGCAUCCGGUGAAGGCUGGUUUGUCUGACGCCUUCAUGGUCAUGUCGCCCUCCUCUCAGUCACCAGGUGCCCCACGGCAAACUAUCUACGAGUACCAUCGAGUUGAAAUCGACACCACAAAGAUUACCAACUAUUCUGCUGUUGAGUUCACUCCACUCCCCACCUGCCUUCUGCAUGGCAGCUGCGAGCUCUGCCUCUCAUCCAACCAAACCUCUGGUUGUAGUUGGUGUCACGUCCUCCAGAGGUGUUCAGAUGGCAUGGACAGACACAGGCAAGAAUGGCUGGAUUAUGACUGCUCAGAAGAGAGCAAAGAUGCGACCUGUGAGGAUUACAACCGAGGCGACAGCUCCACCGAUUCCUCCAUCACUCCAGAGAUCGAGGACACAACGGCUUUGACUCCUCAACAAAAAGGCUGUGAAAGCGAUGAUGACACCAAACGUCAUAUAUUCAAGACUGGCAGUGAUGUUAAAACGGAUUCUUCGAAAAAGAGCGAGGGGCUGGCUAACACUGGGGUGAUAGCUGGGAUAGCAGCUGCUCUGGUGCUACUCUUGGCUUUGGUACUUGUUGCACUGUACAUCAACUGUCAUCCUGCUGCUGCAUCGCCGCUUUACCUCAUCCAGCGACGCAAGAGCUACUGGCCUUCCUUGAAGUUCCAAAAGCAACAGCCUGGAUACACAGAAGUGGAAGGAGAAGGUCACGAAAAAGACAGCAUUGUCGAAGCUGGACCAUGUUGAAGCCACGAGUGGAAACAUGUACAUUUGUGCAAAAAAAAAAAAACAAUCCAAUUCCAAAAAGUUCUACAUGAAGUCUUUUUUUUUUAAAGUUUGUGAUAUCACUACAAAAAAGAUGAAAAUGUUGCAGCAGUUUAGGUAGAGAAUAGCUAAAUGUCUCUGCUGGAAGAAGUGAUGGUGACGACAUACUCUCCUUUAAAAAAAAAACACAAAUUUGACUGCAAUGAACUGUGAAAUGCAUGCCACAACGUUGACAUUCUUAGAAAAUUACGGAAAUUGUGCUGCUUCACAUCAAGCGAAUAAAGAUGUGGGUGUGCUUCA